CCUCCAAAACAGUGAAUAAUAGAAAAUACUUUUCUCAUUGAGAAUUAAUUGUGUUGCACAAGUGAAACUCUAGAUUCCCCUCACGUGAGCUAACAUAUGAACUGCUGUGACAUCGCAUGAGGACAGACAGUCCAGCGUUCACAUGUGUUGGAGGGAUCAGUUGAGGACAGUUUGGUUGCAGAACAGAGUCCUGUAAGUGGGGUGAAGGUAAUUGGCAUCUGCUACAAAAACCCUGUUAUCGCAACUGCGGCACACAAGUGUGCAGCUGCACCAAACUUGGACCCUCAUGCAAACACUUUUUAACAUUUUCUAAGAGCCCGAUGGUGCAAGAAUAUGACCAAGCGUCUCCAAAUAACGCGUCUCUGUGCCGCACCCUGUCCUGCACCCUUGGCUUUUGGCUGUAACUCAAAGCUGUGGAGUUGACAGAAGGUAAUCCCCACCAUGUGAGGCCUCGGCCCCAGUUUGGAGGCGGGGUGUGAUUCAUUCAAAUCUGCCGGUGCUAUAAAAAGAGGGGAAGUUGCAAGUAACCCAACUUCAACUCACAAGACCGUGGCACCGCACACAGACCACUUUGGCUGUCACUCCAGGUGAUGAUGAAUACCAUUAAAGCCAUUAAGAAUGCAUUAGUGUGUCUGGUCUUGCUGCCCCGGUUCCUCGUGGCAGCUGUCAUGUUUUGGCUGCUGGACUUUUUAUGCAUCAGGAAGAGGGUUUUCUUCAGGAUGAAGGAGCAGGAGGGCGAUGCCAUCGAUCCUCCUCUCUGCAUAUCAGACUCCAACCGUCUCUUCAGCCUAGAGUCCCUCAAGGCGGUGUGGCACGGCCACAAACUGGACUUCCUGAAGGCUGCGCAUCUCGGGCACGGUGCGCCCAACACUGAAGUUGUUCAGCUGGAGGAUCAGAAGCGCAGCCGCAUCCUCGAUUACGCAAAGGACAAGAGACCGCUCAUCCUCAACUUUGGCAGCUGCACCUGACCGCCGUUCAUGGCGCGGCUCAAGGCUUUCCAGGGAGUCGUGCAGCAGAACGCGGACAUCGCGGACUCUGUGGUGGUGUACAUCGAGGAAGCACACCCCUCCGACGGCUGGAUGAGUACAGACGCGCCCUAUCAGAUCCCCAAACACCGGUGUCUGGAGGACCGGCUGCACGCUGCGCAGCUGAUGCACCUGGAGGUGCCCGGCUGUCUGGUGGUGGUGGACAGCAUGGAGAACUUCUCCAACGCCGCGUACGGAGCUUAUUUCGACAGACUAUACAUCCUACAAGAGGGGAAGAUAGUGUACCAGGGGGGCAGAGGACCUGAGGGGUACCGGAUCACAGAGCUCAGAGACUGGCUGGAUCAGUACAGACAAAAAAUUGAACAACCCAAUAAUCGAGUUAUUAAUGUCUAGACGAAUCCUCCUCUUUUAGAGCUGCUAUGAAAACAAAUGCUGCAGAUAUUUUUCAGUAUUAUAACCUUUAUCAGAUAGAUUUUUCCGUCUAUAAUGUUGAAGUGUAUUUAUUUUGUAAUUUGUUUGGAUGUUAGACUCCUUCCUGUCUUACUGGAUAUCAAACAUCCUGUUAGGAUCCAUCCACAGAGGUUAGUUUCUAUGGACCUUUCAUUGUCUGUGAACAAAUGUAUUUUGUGCGUCAAAAGUUUUAUUUUUCUGUCUGUUCCUCGUGUGAUCGCGCCUGUGAGAAUCAGUCAGGAUGUGGAGAUGUGCGCAUCACUGUGCUCCUCAGUAUUGCUGUGAAGUUCGGUUUUUAAACGGGUUAAAUCCAUGGAACCGACACUGAUGUUUAUAAUACCGGAGAGCACAGUGAAGCUGCUGCUUCACUGUCUGCACGGCGCACACGUUUUUGUAAAUAUUGUUCCGUUUUAUGGAUAUAUUUUUUCAUAAUACUUUGAUCUACUUAUUGUAGGCCUGUUUUAAUAAAAAAAACACGUAAAUAAA